UGAUGAAUAGUGUCGCUGUCAAAAGCGUUAGAGACAGACGAAGGUACGGUGAUAGAGAGACAGCUGUGACAGAGAGGCGAGGAGGAGAAGCUGCGUCAUGCCUCGUCUACACGAUUACAUGUAGUUUCUUUUUCAGCGGAGGUGGAUGUCGGGGAGAGUUUCCUCAAGUGUUACCGUCACCGUGCCGUCCCGGGCUUAAUGUUGUAUUGCUUUGCCUUUUUUUGUGGAAAGCUAUGGAGACUAGAACAUGUCAAGUCUAAGCGCUGUUUUCCAACUCUAAGCGUGUCGAUUUCUUUGUGAAUAUUUCAUCACCUUAUCAAACUUCAACGCAGGAGGAAAACCCUGGGCUUGACAAGGAGCCUCUUAGGGCCCACAUCACAAGAUGGUGAACAGCCAAGCAUCAGGCGUACCGCCGGCCCCCAGGUCAUGUGCAGGAUGUGGAGGGAAGAUUGCCGACCGCUUCCUGCUCUUCUCCAUGGAGCGCUACUGGCACACUCGCUGCCUCAAGUGUUCUUGCUGCCAAGCCCAGCUGGGGGACAUCGGCACCACCUGCUACAGCAAAGGGGGCAUGAUUCUGUGUCGGAGCGACUACAUCAGACUGUUCGGGCACAGCGGGGCGUGCAGUGCCUGCGGCCAGUCAAUUCCAGCCAACGAAAUGGUAAUGAGGGCACAGGGAAAUGUUUACCACCUCAAGUGUUUCAGCUGUGCCACCUGUCGAAACAGACUGAUGCCUGGCGAUCGAUUCCAUUACAUCAACGGUACAAUUUUCUGUGAGCACGACAGACCUGGUUCUGCCUUGCUCAAUAGCCACCUGCCUCCACUUCAGAGCAGCUCUUUGCUGACAGACCAGAAGGUUUGCUGAGUGGCAAGAAUGCUGCGUGCCCUCACCUUUUCUCCUGAACUUCACUUCUCCUCAAUCUCCUCCUCUUCUCCUUCUACUGUUGCCGUUGUUGUGGAUUUUCAUCACGCCUCGCCUCUCUUCCCCAGAGAGGAUGCAGUUUUUCACCAAGCUGUCCCGUCCGUCACCAUAUCAGAGACUUAAUAUUCCACAUACAAAGUCAAUUUAUGUUGUGUUCUAUGUUAAAGUGGUCUGUGCAUCAUGCAGAGACUUACAGUAUGUAUGGACUACACUAACAAAAGGCUCUUCCAGGACUAAGAGAAAGCUCGAGGAAAAAAUGAGGAUGAAAGCCAGUGCCAACUGGAAGAGGGAAUAAAAGAUGCUUGACUGAAUGUUUGAUGGACUGCUGUAAAAUGACUGUCAAAGCUUUGCUUAUGCCAUGUGGCAUUAUUUCCCUUGAGCAUCAGUGUUUUUAAUGAACUCUUGAUCUCUCUCUUGUAUAUGUUAAUCUAAGAUUUUACAGACUGAGGAUUGAAUGUAAAAUUGUGCAGUUGUCAGGCAAAAUCCAGAGGAUCUGAAAAAUGUCCAGUCAUAUAAAAACCUUUAAAUGAGUUCAGCCAGAAACUCAAAACAGAAAUCUAAUAUUGCUGUUACAUGUGAUUACUGAUUUUUCUGCCCUGCACAAAAAAACAGUUGAAAUGAUCCAGUGAAGGUUUUGAUUUUUCCCUGUGGAGUUUGGUUUCUUUUUCAGAUGCCUGUUCAGUGUGUGAAAAAGUAGAGUUAACAAAAAUCCUAUUAAAAUGAUUUUCCUGUAACUUGUUGCAAAGUUAGCUGAGGUCAUUUUGAAGCCCCUUAGCAACAUUAGAGUGACAUUGUAUUGCAUAGUACCUACCAUGGUGGAUGUGGCUAACUCUCUCUCUCUUUAGCCCUGUAUGGUGAAAACAUGCCUGAUUACCCUGAGGAAUGGAAUUAGGAGGCUUGAGCUCUGACCAUUUACAGAAGCAAUUAAACAUGAGCCCUGUAUCUGUGCUCUUGGAGCUCCUGGGAGGCUGAACUUGGGGCAUAUCCUGUGGCUGACUGGCUCGGUGGCUGCCUGCCUGCCUGCCUGUCUGUCUCUAAUAAAGCCUAAUCUGAAAGCAGGCUAAUUAAAGGGGAGUGGCCCCCUCUAUAUCCAGGGCAUUUGAAACAAUCUUUUGUAUUUACUGUUUACCAUGUUCCAAUUAAAGCUCCCACACAGCCUG